GUUUCUUUGAACUGACACAGCAAAGUCUCGAGUUCUGAAACAGAUGUUCUUCCAUCAGCUCUGAAGUAACACUACUUGCCGGAUACAAUGUCAUAUCAAGGGGUUAGUGGUCCACCUCAGCGUUCUAAGAGGACUCACUGCUAAUGAAAGCAAAUGCUUAGAGAAGCAUGAGAUGCAGGGCUUUAGCUAAUAUUGUGUAUCGACUAGGGUGGUCAGUUAAUUUCUACAGCGCAACACAACGUUGCUUUUCACCAUUACAACUUUCUUCAAAACACAAUAUUGGUAAAAUCCUCUACUUUCCCUCUGAUUGCAAAGUGGUUUGAAGACUGGAAUGAUUUGCUUGUUUGAAGAAUGUUGACUUUAGAGUGGGAGUCAGAGGGACUGCAAACAGUGGGUAUUGUUGUGAUUAUAUUUGCAUCUCUGAAGCUGCUUCAUUUGCUGGGACUGAUUGAUUUUUCAGAAGACACUGUAGAAGAUGAAAUGGAAAUGGCCAGUGUGCGGCAUCGGCCUGAGGCUCUUGAACAGUUGGAAGCACAAAGCAAAUUCACAAAGAAGGAACUUCAGAUCCUCUACAGAGGUUUCAAGAACGAAUGUCCCAGUGGGAUUGUUAAUGAAGAGACCUUCAAAGAGAUUUACUCUCAGUUUUUUCCACAGGGAGAUUCCACAACUUAUGCACAUUUUCUGUUUAAUGCAUUUGACACUGAUCACAAUGGAUCUGUGAGUUUUGAGGAUUUUAUUAGGGGUCUCUCUAUUUUACUCAGAGGCACAGUACAAGAAAAGCUCAACUGGGCUUUUAAUUUAUAUGACAUAAAUAAGGAUGGCUAUAUAACCAAGGAGGAAAUGCUUGAUAUUAUGAAAGCUAUAUAUGAUAUGAUGGGAAAAUGUACUUAUCCUGUUGUCAAAGAGGAUGCACCUAGACAACAUGUGGAAACAUUUUUCCAGAAAAUGGACAAGAAUAAGGAUGGAGUAGUUACCAUAGAUGAAUUCAUUGAAAGCUGCCAAAAAGAUGAAAACAUAAUGCGUUCCAUGCAGCUCUUUGAAAAUGUGAUAUAACGUGGCUAGCACUGCAAUUAAUGGACAAAUGUGAACUAUUCUGCAACAUUUCCUAAAGCUGGAUUUGUCACUUUUACCAUAAAUAAGAUUGCUCAGCUUUACACCAAGACAUGCAUUAUGCAAAUAAGUCUUGUGUUAUUAUAAAGCUUCCCCCAAAAGGAUUUUCCAAUGUUUGUCCUUUUAAGAUUGUGCAUUUAGAUAAUGGGAGACUCAAAGUCAGGUUUUGCUCCACAACCUCUGAAAACAGGACCUGACAUUUACCACCAUUCCAACGCCUGUUUUAUCUAGCUAAUACAAGAGAUAAAAUUGUUGUUUUGUUAUUUGUUUUUAUUGAAUUCAACUCUAAGAUUUUAAAUGUCUGUCUUAAAUGUCAGCUAUUUAAUUUAUACAGAAAAAAUACCAAGCAUUUCCCUUUCAUAUUUUUAUGUUGUUAAUAAUCCUCAUUUUUACACAAUACUU